AUUUGUGCCAAUUUUGGCGAAUUUGUUUUGUUGUUGAAUCAAUAAUAAUUCGCUGCCUAGGCGAUAAUUUAAAGGUGUUGAAACACACACCUAACGUGUUGUCAGCACACGCAAGUUAUUUAAUACGCCAUCACAUGCCAGCAGGAGAUGACCAACUUUUUGGAGGAGUUGCCAAAGCACUUGCAGGAGAUUGCGGAGCGAGUUAACAUACGCACUCCGGAGGCAAUACUAACGACGCCCCAAGUCAAAUUUUUGGAUACGCGACUUCGUCCAUUGGACACUUGCGUCCACAGCUGCACUCCAGAAGAUGUGCGCAUCCUAAAGGAGGCUGCUGCUAAGUGGCUGGCCGAGACGCCAGCAUCAGCGGAUUCACUCUUCAGACCACCCGCUAGCUUGAAGUGGUCUCGCUUGACAUUUGGCUGUGCUGCACUUGAUCGUUGCUCCGGCGGUGGCAUUGUGACGCGCGGCAUUACCGAAAUUUGUGGCAUAUCUGGAGCUGGCAAGACUCAACUGUUAUUGCAGUUAUCGCUGGGCGUGCAGCUACCAACACGCCUUGGCGGCUUGGGCAAAGGUGUCGCUUUUAUCUGCACUGAGGAUGUUUUUCCAUCACGUCGCCUGUUGCAAAUAAGCAAGGCAUUCGAGUCACGCUAUCCCGAGGAGAAGCUCAACUUGCUGGGCAACAUAUUCAUCGAGCAUCAAUAUGAGAGCCAACCACUGCUGGACUGCGUGAACAAUCGGUUACCCCAAUUGCUGCAGGAGCAUAGCAUUGGGCUGAUCAUUAUUGAUUCAGUUGCAGCCAUCUUUCGUUUGUAUACCGACUUCGCGGCACGGGCGCGUGACAUGCGUCGCAUGGUCAAUGCACUGCUCACCUAUGCGGACAAGCAUCACUGCGCCGUGGUCUGCACAAAUCAGAUGACGGCAAGUCUUAAGCAGGACGAUCAGCAGUCGUCACAGGAUGUGCCCUGCUUGGGGAUACAGUGGGCUAAUUUGGGACGCACACGCAUGCGCAUUUCGAAGGUGCCCAAGCAGCACAAGAUCGCUGAUGAUUUGCUGACAGUGCGCAAGCUGGAGAUCAUCUAUUCGCCUGAGACGCCAAAUGCAUUUGCCGAGUUUCUAAUUACCGCAGACGGUAUUGUUGAUGUACCGCAGCCUGGCCCAAAAAAAAACUAAAAAUUGUAAAAUGAUCAACUAAAUUUUUUUUGCUGAAUUUGUUUAUUUUCUUUACGUUUUGAAUUUAAAAUAUGUAACGGCUGCUGAUCUGCGCGUUUCUUAUGUAUUUAAUUGUAAUUCUUGUUUUGUUUUUGUACAAACACUCACAUUGAAUAUGAAUUUUUAUUUUUCAUUCAAUUGUAAUUUACACUUAGUACAGUACUGUAGUUUAUCUGUUACGUUUAGUAUAGUUAAAUUAAAUUUGUAAUUAACAUGACUUCACCAAUUGUUGUUGUUGUUGUUGCUGUUGUGGUUUAUUCUUGCCUUUGCUGUUAUUACUGCGCUCCCUCUGUAGCUUCUCUGUCUAGCUCUUUCGUAUACUUUAUCACAUGAAAUUUCCGAAAGUUCAAAUUACAUUAGUUACACAAUAUAUUUAUAUAUAUUCUCGUAUGUAGUUGUUUUGAAUCUAGUUCUUUUUUUUGUUUAUUAAUUAAUACAGCUCAUUAAACAUUUAAAUGCGUUUCUAAUGGCAACAUUUACAAAGCCUAAACUUAAUAUUAGUGCUUAAAUAUUACAAAUACAUAUUGCACUCAUAACUCACUUAACGGCCUCAAUUGUUAUUGUAAAAACUA